AUGCCGGGUCUCGAUGAAGUAGGGAGCCCAUCUCCCGGCCCUGCUGAACAAUCCUCUACGGUCACCGUCCCAUCGCCGCCGGCCGAAUCCCGGAAGGCUCCGCCCCCUGAGAAGCCGUCCGACGUCAGCCGCCGCUCUUUUGUCAUAUUCUCCUUUUGGGCCAUUGUGUUGUUUGUUGGGCUUCCAAUAUGGUGGAAGACGACGACAAUCUACCGCGCCAACUUGCCCCUGUCUGGCAUGUUGGAUUGGGCUGAUGGAAAGGCCUGUCGUCCCGUCUUCCCUCUUCGUAUCUCAGUACAAGCAAGCAAGCUCCAAGAUCAAGAAGCGCAGAAUCUACUGCGGCUCACCCAGCAUGCGCUCGACGACCUAAAUGACUUCUCGGGUCACCAUCUUCGCCUCCAGCUCGCCCCUCGCGACAGCCAUGCCUCCUCACUGCCCGAAGACGACUCCCAGGUUGCCCUUACGAUCCGCCUCAGCCCUGGGGAGUCUACAACAGCGUCGCUGAACCCACACUCUCCGAUUCUCGACAUCACCUACCCACCCAACUCCAUCCCCUCGCCGACAUCGUCCUCGUCCGCGCUCGCGUCGUACAUUGCCAACGAAUUGCGAUCCACCUACGCCGAGGAACAGGCCAUCAUCUCGUACCUUCUUUCUGCUGCGUCAGGAGCUUCCGAUGCGAAACCCCAGGGCAUGUCGCCCGAGGCGGCCGAGUCGCUAGCCAAGCGCACCACCCGCUCCCUGCGAUACUCGCCAACAUACCACCUGAGCUUCUCUCUGUUUACGAGCAGCUCCGUACCCAACACGUGGGACGUCGACGCGGCGAUUCGAGACUACAUGAAGCCUAUGCUGGAUGUGCUGAGCCCUAUUCACAACUUUACCAUUGAUACCCAAGUGCAGCUGUAUGCCACGCCGGGCGCGCAGUCUCAGGUGUUGAGCAAGGACGACCUUGCUUCGUUUAUCAACGCGGCCGAAUGGCCCCUUUCGCCAUCCAUUGGCGGCGCUCCGACGGUAAACUUUCUCCUCUUCGUCGGCAACCAGACGGUCGGGUUGGACUCGGGAUCCGAGACAUCCCAGUCAUGGCUGAUCCCGCAGUGGGGAACGGUUUAUUUGUUGUCACUGCCGCCAACAACUUCACACGUGCCGGCCGCCACUCUCAAACAACCGAUGCUGACCUUUGCUGGACACUUGCUGUCCCUCCUGGGGACGCCUCAGUCGGGCUCUCUCCCGUUGCGGCUGUCGACUCUGACGCGGAUCCGUUCAGCAGACUUGUUGCUCCGGGCGUCGUCAACGCUGGGAUCUCUGGCGCGGCUGUCUUUGGCGUUGCCCUCUAUAUCCAUCCCGCGCAACGUUGCUGACGGGGUGGCUAAAACAAUGCACCACUUGGAGCUUGCCUGCGCGAGUCUGGGAGGGCCGGAAGGAUUAGAGCAUGCUAGAGUCGCCGAGGCAGAGGCAGAGAGGGCCUUUUUCGAGAAGAGCAUGGUUGGGCAGUUGUACUUCCCUGACGAACACAAGAUUGCCGUAUAUCUGCCGCUUCUCGGCCCGGUGGGCGUGCCGUUAGUCAUGGGUCUGUUGAAUGAGAUUAAGGCCUGGAGAAAGAGGAGGCGAGAAAGAGCCGAGGCUGAAGGGAAGAAGAACUUGUGA